AUGGUGGGAGGUGACUGUGCGCGUUUGGCCGCUUCCAUCAUCAUUGCCUUUGUGUCCCAACAGAAACUCAAGCACGUGAACCUGGUGAACCUGCUGGAGGUGUUUCGGUACAAGCGGAAGAUGCACCUGGUCUUUGAAUAUUGUGACCAAACCGUGUUGAACGAGUUGGACAAGUACCCCCGGGGGGUGGCCGAGGACCGGGUCAAGAGCAUCAUACGGCAGACGCUAGAAGCCGUCAACUUCUGCCACAAGCACAACUGCAUCCACAGGGACGUGAAGCCGGAGAACAUCCUCAUCACCAAGCACGGCGUGGUCAAGCUCUGCGACUUCGGCUUUGCACGGAUCCUGACUGGGCCCGGAGAUGAGUACACGGAUUAUGUGGCGACACGAUGGUAUCGAGCCCCGGAGCUGCUGGUUGGAGACAUCCAGUACGGCCCGCCCGUGGACGUCUGGGCUAUAGGCUGCGUCUUCGCUGAGCUCAUCUCCGGCAACGCCCUGUGGCCGGGCCGCUCCGAUCUGGAUCAGCUCCACCUCAUCAGCAAGACACUGGGGGAUCUCAUCCCUCGCCACCAAAAGAUCUUCAGUUCCAACCAACAAUUCAGGGGCGUGAACAUUCCCGAGCCUGAUGUCCUGGUGCCGCUGGAGGAGAGGUUUCCACACAUCUCCGCUCAGGCCCUCCACUUGAUGAAGGCCUGCGUGAUGAUGGACCCGGCAGAACGGCUGAGCUGCGAGCAGUUGCUGCGGCACCCACACUUCGACAGCUGCCGGGGGGAGAUGGAGGGCCGGAGGGAAGCGGAGAGGAUGAGGAGGAUGCAACGCAGACGCCCUCCAGGGCCGCAGUACCUGCCGCAGCUAACGUGCAGCAACAUCCUGCCGGCGCCGGAGAAUAAGAAGCACCACCGGCAGAAGUACGACCACCACCUGCCCAACAUCUGACUAUAUGGCAGCAAAAACCAGCCAGCCCAGCCAAACACCUAUCUGUACAACCACACCUUCCCCAGCAAGUGGAAAUCCUGACAUCACCUUCCAAGCCCAUUCUGCGUUUGGGGACUUGGUCACUCAGUUUGUGCGGGGGGAGUGUUGAAGCAUGCCGGCUAGGGACCAAUGCGGACGUUCUGGUAGCAGCUGAACAAACAGGAGGUUCUGGCAACAACCGUACCUAACACACUCUGAAGAAGGGUCCCAACCCGAAACGUCACUUGACCAUUUCCCUCCAUAGAUGCUGCCUGACUUGCUGUUCCUCCAGCACUUUGUGUUUUGCUCAAGAUAGCAGCAUCUGCAGUUGCUUGUGCCUCCUAACACACUCUCAGAUGGACUUCACCACUGGGAAGGCACAGUCCAGGCCACUGGACAAUAGACAAUAGACUCAUUAUUAGUCAGUCUGAAAAAGGGUCCCUACCUUAAACAUCAUCUGUCCAUUUCCCUCCAGAUGUUGCCCGAACCACUGAGAUCCUCCAGCACUUUGUUUUUAUACAUUAUUGGCCAGACCAAUUUAUUAGUUUUGUUUAGUUUAGAGAUACAGCACGGAAGCAGGCCCUUCCAGCCCACAGAUUCCGCGCCGACCAGCGAUGCCCCACGCAUCAACACC